GCCCCCCGUGGUACAGCAGGACGACCGCCAAGUGGUGCUCCUCCGAGAGCGUUGCCAGCUGCGCGAGGUACUGCGUGCUCGCGGACGUGAUCGCCAGCACGACCGUCCGGGCGUCGAUGAGGCCGGCUUCGUCCACCUCGCCAGCUCCGUCGGCCCUCUCAACGGCAGCAGCGCGACGCCGAGCCCUGCCAGCUCUCCGGACACAAGCCGGUCGUCGCUCUCCCACCACGUCUUGGCUCGUCCGAUUCGGCAGCGAUAUCCACAGCCCCAUCUAUCGUGCCGUCCAGGUCGAUGCCGCUCUCGAUGACGAGUGUCACCUCCCCCGAGGAAUGGCAUGCACUGGAGAAGCGCAAGGACCACGAGCGCGACACGUCCGAGAUACUCCCCGAAUAUCCGUUCCCACGGACACUGCCCUCGCUGAGCAGCCGGACGCCAGACUCGUCGAGGGUCGCCAGUGCGCACUCGAGCGGGGACGACUCGCCCGAGCUGUCGAGCAACGCUGCGCGGAACGGGCGAUCAACGAAGCCCAAUAUCCGCACGAAGGACAAGGACCGCGAGGAGCGCAAGGACGACCGGAUUGCGGGCCUCCUCGCGGAAUGCACGCAGGGACACUUGAACAUGUCCGCACACGCCCGGCCGGACGCGCACGUCGUGCAGCACCACGCGUGGGCGGCGGAGGACACGCAUGUGCCGAGUUUCGCGGAGCUGCACGAGCCUGGGUUCGCGUGGACAAUGACGAACAUCAAUAUGUUCAUGCCUGCGCUGGGUGCGCGGAGACGGGGUGUGACGCCAAACCCGCUGGAACAAGAUAGCAAGCUCGGGAAGGAAGAGGAGGAGGAGGAGCAGCCGAUGGAGGUCAAGGAGGCUCUCGCGGCUGCGAAUGUCGUUGGAGCUGCAACUGAAGUCGAGGGUGCCCGAGGCCGAGGAACGCGGGCGCAUAUCACCCAAGUGCAGCGGGUGGACGAGCCCGAAGGAGAAGGAGCACCGGGAGCAUGACAAGGACCGGACGUUUCCAGGACACAAAGAGCGCAAAUCGAACCCUCCCAAGUUUGCGGUGCACAAGGCGAAGAGCAUCAUGUCGGGCGCGUGAGCUCAGAUUGGCACGCUCGCCAUCGGUGGAGGCGAUCCUUACUGGUCGAUAUGAACAUGUGUUUCAAUGAUAGUAGUAGUUUGAUUACAAUACAUGAUAAGUACUCCUGAGACUGG